UGUUUAUUCUUUAACAUAGUUGGGACUUGCACUAAAUUGGUAGCUUUGAAACAGGGUAUGGACAUCCAUCGAAGCAUAGUGCAAGGGGGUAUAUGAUCAAACAUAUCGGUUACAAAUGCAUAGAGAAGGCAUGUGAACUGUUUCACCAGGAAAAAGGAGCACUGAGGACUUGGGAAGCAAGGAGGAGCAAGACGACACCAACAGAUUUAUGGAUCAGCCAACAAGCGCCUGUCAUUCAGGGAGAUGAUAGAAAAGUUGUGUUCUUUAAUCAAGUAGAUUAUGAACACUACAUUCCACGAGCUCUUUUGAUAGAUUUGGAGCCUAGAGUUAUAAAUGGCAUUCAAAAUAGUGACUACCGAAAUUUUUACAAUCAUGAAAACAUAUAUUUAUCUGAUCUUGAAGGAGGAGCAGGAAAUAACUGGGCAAGCGGAUAUCACCAGGUUCAUCACUCAUUGAAUGAUUCCCUAUUAAGUUGUAUGUUGUGUUUUUAUAUUGUCAUCCCAGAAGUUGUAAUUGUUCUAAUUGUAAGAAAUUUACAAAUUGUAUCAUCAGCUGUGUUUGUUUGUAGUCUAGUAAUCUUCCAUUGACUUGGAUUCACUUAUUAGUUAUUAACAAAAGUUAAAUAUGUGAACCAUAGGACGAUGGCUAUUAUAUCUCAUGUCAAUGACAUAGGAGUCCUGUCAUAUAGGUCAUACUGAAGGAAUUACAAGGUAUUUUAUCAUAUGCAUUACAAAGAGUAACGAUGGAGUUAUGAAGUAUCGUAGAUGUCAUGGGCAGUUUAAACAACAAUAAAGUUACGAAGCAUCUAGUAUUACAGGGAGUUGCAAAUAUUUUUGUCACAAUGAAGGAGUUGCAAACAUCCAACAUUCUAUAAGCAAAGGGAUUGAUUUAUAUAAUAUUUAUAAAGGAUUUAAGGAAAAAAGGCUUUAAUCCUUAGACUCUCGAGUAACCUAGAUGCCAUGGAAGUUUUGAAAUGGUUGUUUGUGGAUAUUUUGUGGAAGGACUAUUUGUGGCCAAGUGCAGCACCCAUACUCCUCUUGGAUUGGACCUGAGAUGAUAUAUGUUUUCUAAGAAAUUUUCUUGCCAGCUUAUGUGCUGUUCUAACUUGUGUUAAUCAUUUUGAUAAAAUGAAGCUCCACUGUGUGGUUUAAGUUA